CGUAGUGGCUCAUCCCUCACCUUGUCCCUCUCUACCACAGAAGCCCCUGGCCAGGACUUUGUGACACUUGACUACCGCCUGCGCUACUAUCCCAGCAUUACCUACGCGGUCAUCGGCAGUGCUGUCAUCUUCGUCCUGGUGGUGGCGCUGUUGGCCUUGGUGGUCCACCACCAGAGGAAGCGAAGCGUCCUGUUGCCCAGGGGAGUCAGAGGGGGCUCACACCACCACCACCACCACCAGCCCCUGCUGCUGUCCCGCCUGGUCAUCUUGGACCGAGGCCACGUCCAUCCCGGUGGUCCUGGUCUCUCACCCAGCUCCUCCCUCACAACAGGCCAGUACAGCUCAACAACUCAGGCGCUGCAGCUGCUGUCUGGGACCCUGUAUCCCUCUGGACUCUCCGUGGACUCACCCCCGUCAUACUCACAAGCUGUUCUGGAUGUCAGUCGGCCUCCCUGGUUCGAUCUCCCUCCUCCUCCAUACCUCCCCGAUAGAGACCUUCCAUCGGCAGACGAGCUGCCUGAGUACGAGGCCACACAAGACCCUUUGAACCACCAUCCAGCCUGUCCCACUGCGCCUUCCACACAGCGAACUGUGGCCUCGGGCUCACAGCUGAGCUCCGGCACCAGAGAGGAGUCGGAGCAGCAUUAGCCCCUUUAUUCUACUUAAACUGACAAUUGGUGGAACUUAGAGACUAAAGGACCAGGCUGCUGGGUUACUUGAGGCGAGCACAGUCCACUACAAGGACCUGCUGAGGAUAUUCAUCCAGGACUGAGAGACUAAACAGCAAAGACCCGCUUCCUGAGCCACACUGCUCCUGUAUGCUGGCUCACCCUGCUGGAGUCAUGGCUGCACUACACCUUCAUGUUCAGUGAUUUGGCCUUUAUUCAUUGUGCUCCCGUGUGAGUACUGUAAGUAUUUUGUUUGAUCAGAUAACAGUGGCUGCAGUCUGUGAGUAAACUGUCUUUCAUUAACAUAACAAGGGAAGCACCUUAAAAGGUCACUUUGUUAUUCAUUUCAGAGGUUACGUGUCAUGCGCACAAGACCUUACAUUUCACAUCUGCAGUGUUUUUUUCUGGUUAAGAUGCCAUUUUGGUUAAACUCUUUGGUUUACAGUAUAUGUUUUUAUCAUUCCUCUGAAAAAAAAAAGAAUCAAUUGUGCCGGCAAAGAAAUGUUGUUAAAUUUCCAUCAUUUCAACAUUUCUCGGUCUUAUUCUUCCAUUUGUGCCUUUAUAUAUGAAAUGUUUUCAUAUCUAGUUUUAAGCCUCAAAGUACAACAACCCCUUAUGUGCGAUUUAACAGCGAGUUCCCACAAUAGCAAACAUUUAAGAUUCUUAAAAUUGUGUAUUGUUCAAAUUCCGCCUGACGACAGUAAAUGUAUAGACUCGAGAGAAUCGCGCUGAGAAGUAUUAACGAGUGACACCUGAAGGAUCUGUGUUCAACACGUUUGUGUUCAUUUCAAAACGCUCUGUAUGACACUGUACAUAUAAGAUGGCAGAAAAUAUAUAUAUUUAGAAGUAGAAAAAUACUUUAAAGCUUAAAGGUACA